UUUACUUGGACGGGAAGCUAGCUAGCAGAGACAACAUGUGGAAAGCUGUGUUCUGUUGACAAACCAAACAAUCCAAAUCCAUGAGUCUAUGCCAAUGAUGUGGAUGUGUGUUCCGUUGGUGAGCAGCGAUGCCCCUGGAGGUGAAAUGGCCGUUCCCACAGUGCCCGCAGCUGGCCUGGAAGGUGACCAGCACCCUGGUCAUGGGUGUGGUGGGCUCAUACAGCUACUUCUGGACCAAGUAUCUGAACUGUAUUACGGUUCAUAAUCAGGAUGUUCUAUUUGACCUGAUAGACCAACGUCCACCUGACACACCCCUCAUCACACUGUCCAAUCACCAGUCCUGUAUGGACGACCCACACCUCUGGGCCUGAAUUUAAAAUGGAUUAAAAAAUGUUUGUGUCACUGGCCUACACACAAUAUCCCAU